GAACUUCCAGUGGUGCAUUCGAUUCCAGGAAAUAUUAGCAAUGGCAGUAAAAUUGAAAUCGUUGGUCAAAUGCUUCGUCCAUACAUAAAUUACUUUAGGAUUAGCUUAUCUGAUUCUAGCAAUAGGAAUGAGCAUGACAUAAUAUUCCAUCUGUCCGUACGUUUUGACAAAAAUGUCAUUGUGCGAAACACCUCGGAAAAUGGAAUAUGGAGUGAAGAGGAACGUUAUGGUGGAUGUCCAAUUCAACGCGGUGACGAAUUUAAAAUGGUUAUUUUGGUUGAACAGGACGUGUUCGAGGUUAUAUCAUUUUUAAUAUUUAUUGGUAGUAUUAGUUAA